AUGAGCCGGAUGGACGCACUUUUGGACUGCGCAUCAAAAGGAGCAUUUCUUGCAUCCAUUCAUUCUGACGAGGAAAAUGACGCAAUCAAAGAUCUUUUGAUGAAGGGGAAAGUUUCGAGGGCAUACAUUGGCCUGCAAUCCAAAAAAUAUGAUGUUGCACAACGGUAUUGGUCUGAUGGCACUCCGGUAAAUUACUUCAAAUGGAUGUCCGGAAAACCAGAUAAUGGGAAGUAUGAAGACGAUGGUUGUGUUGUAAUAAGUGCAAAAGGUGGAUUCUGGGACGAUUGGGCUUGCGAAGUAAACGCCGAUGUUGAAAUAUCCGCGGCCGUAUGCCAAAUAAAUAAGAGAAUGUGUCCAGAGGGAUUUGCAUAUUUUUCUGUAACGAACAAUUGUUAUCGGUAUUCAGCAUUGCGAUUAUUCAUUGGGCUGAAAUUAGUUGAUGGUGAAUAUGUCUGGACAGAUGGAGAACCAUACGAUUACAGCAAUUGGGAUAAAGCGAAGCCAACUAGUGGCAGCAGACAGGAAUGUGCGGUAAUGAUUCCGGCAAGAAACGGAAUUUGGGAUGACUGGAAGUGCAUUAGCAGCUGCAAAAAAUGUAUGGUGUAUGGAGCUAUUUGUGAAAUUGAAUGA